GUGUUCUGUUUAUCAUCUUAAUCUGCUAUACUUCAUCGCGACUCAACCUACGUUCAAGUGAUAAAAAUUAAUAUGAGUGUCUUUGAUUCUUAGGGUUUAAGUAGAGCGAUCAAAACUUAUAAUUUCAAUAUUGGCUGUUAAGGGAGUUCAAAAGAUGAGCUCUGAUGCAACUUUCCAGAUCUAUCACAACAGCAAGUUUAAUGUAUCAGGCAGCGGUGUUGUUACAUAUGAUGGAGGGGAAAUUCACAAACUUGAAAGCCAACCGGAGUCAAUGUUGGAGAACUUGGUGGAUUCGUUGAAGUUGUCUUUGUCUGAGCAUAGGAUUUGGUUUAAACUUCCAUUUGAGAGUUUAUCGGAUCUGAAGAUGAUGUGUAAUGGAACUGAUGGAGUUGAGAGAAUGUGUAUACCUGAAAAUAUCACUAAAGCUGUUAGAAUAACAUGGAGAAAGAAGGUGCUAUUCACAACAAUAGAGCUGAUGGUGAAGGUGUUUAUAAUAGAGCUGAUGGUGAAGGUGAUGAUAAUAGAGCUUAUGGUGAAGGUGAUGAAUGGGAAAAUGUCAAAGGAUGUGGUGAUGAUGAGAGAGCCAUCUUAGCAUUAAAGAAUUUUGAAAAAGGUGUGUAUGAUGCAUUGAUGAUGAAGAACCCGCACAACUGUAGCCGUGCUUUCUUUACUUGUGCAUCAAUGUGUGAAGAUGUCUCCAACAAUUUUUCUGAGUCUUACAACAAUGCAAUCAACCAAGCACGCGAGAUGCCACUAGUAGAGAUGUUGGAGAGGCUUAGACGACAGUGUAUGAUCCGUAAUGCAAUGAGGAAGAAGAAGGCUAUGAGUCAUCAAGGAAAGUUUAGUUUGAAAGUGGCUGCCACCAUUACAAAAGAACAAAAACACAUGUUGUAUUGUCAAGUGGUUCCUUGUGGUAAUGGCCAUUAUGAAGUAACUGAGCAUGGCCAAGGUUUUAGGGUUGAUAUGAAUGCUAAAACUUGUGCUUGUAGGAGGUGGAGUAUGACUGGGAUACCUUGUCGACAUGUACUGCGUAUAAUAUUGAAGAAAAAGCUGAAACCUGAGGAUUUUGUUGUCUCAGAUUGGUAUUUGACUACAAGAUGGGUUAAGCAAUACAAUGAGACACUAAUGGGAGUGAAUGGAAUGUGUUUUUGGGAAAAGUCCGGGGAAUCUAGACUUCAACCACCACCAAGACAAGCAGAUAAAGGUCCCAAAAAGAAGCAGAAAAGAAUCAAGGGGAAAAAUGAGUCACCACAGAAGAAAAAAAAGAAGAAGAAUGAGAAAGGGAAUGAAGAAGAAGAACCUGCUCAGAAAAAACUGACAAGAGAAGGAAUGAAACUUCAUUGUGGGCGUUGUGGAUUAGCAGGCCACAAUAUAGUGAGGUGCAACAACAUUGGAGUUCCGGUUAAAAGGCCACCAAAGAAGCAAUCACAAGCUGGUCCAAGCCAAAUAAACCAAACAAGUCAAUCAAGUCAGCCAUCACAAGCCUCUCAAGCAACCUAAACAAGUCAAGCAUCAUAAAGACAAACACCGUCAAGCAUGUUGUCUCAUAUUUUAAGAGGUUUCUUUUGAUUGAGUCUCAGAUUUUAAAUGUUUAGGUAUGGUUUUUCUUUUUCUGGUAGUGCAGUCGGUUUUAAAGGUUUUAGACUUUUAGGGAUGAUUUUUUCAUUUUUUUUUUUGCUGGUAAUGCAUUCAGUGUAUGGUUAUUUGCUGCUAAUACACUUGAGUUUAAGGAUUUUUUUCUCAAUAUUAAUGCUA